UUCGUCGUCUGCAAUGCGACAUUCGCCGUGCCUUGGAGGACCCAUUCACUACAACGUCCCAGUCGGCCAAUGACAUCCUUCUCGCCACCGUAUCGCGGCCGCCGAGCGAGCCACAUGAAGAUCUCGCAUGCGCAGCGCGAGACGCUUCCGCUGUCUGUCAGCAGGCUAUACAGAUUGUUUCCCUUCUAUUUAGGUUCCCCACGCUAUCCCAACUGUUUGCACCGACGAUCCUGUCACAAUUACUCGUCGAUGUCCUAGCAGUGGCGCGGUCUUCUGAUCUACCGAGUCUUGAUGGCGAUAGGACCCGCGCCCUUGCAUCAUGGAUUUUCGCUGGUAUACGACUUCCCGCCACAGUCAUGUCGCAAAACCAGACCGCGGUGGUCAGUUGGAUCGGUGAGCUCGUAGCAGGCAUGUCUCCGAAGAUCGAUGGUUCCAAGAUCUUGCACCAUCUCUGGUCCGAAUAUCCGCAGCUAUAUCUUCCCGAUACCGUCAAUGCUCUACAGGGAAUAAUGUCUCGGCUAGUCUCCUCUGACUCAGCCGUUCGCGCGGACGGGCUAAUCGUGCUCUCCGGCUUUUCCUGCGCCACGCUGUCCCUCUGGGCGUCUACCCGAACCAGAUUCAAGGCAGCGAUUCUCAGGGAAGUGCGUAAAUUCUUGUUUGACGCAGACCCACAAGACCUGGGGAAGCGCCCGCCACCCGGUGCCCAAUUACCCCAGUUCAUUGAUCGUGCGGUCAAGGAGGAUACCUCAGGAGCUCCCCUCUCAGGUCCGCGAUGGGCCGUUACAGUCAUCUGCUGUCUAAUCCUCCUUUCCGGCCACGGUGUCUUCGCCGGCGUAAGGUUACGCAACUUCGUCAUAAGAACGGUAGAGCAGGUCGCCAACAGCAAGAAGAAGCCCGGGGACGAGCUUCUCCUAUGUGCUUGGAGAGCACUCAUCUGGGCGUUCUCACAGAUUCCGAGAGAUGCUGACCGCCCUCAAGAGCACACGGAGGCCGAUGUAUCACCUGAAUCUAGGACUCGGGGUCUGCGCGGGUCUGCGUUUCAAUUGCUGAAGCAGGAGCUCCGAGGAGGGAUGGGAAUCUGCCUGGUGGUAAGCCUGCUGCAUGCGCAUCCGGCUGACCCGCCUGUCACCCCCGAUCCCGACCUUGUCAGGGUUGCCUCUGUCCUGAAAGAAAUGAUCUCGCACCGCUCCGAAGACAUAUAUCGCAACGGUGUCGUCGUCCUCGAACGGCUGGUCGGCGCGAUCGGCACUGCUGAAGACGCAUCUACUACUACAGCUGCACCCUGGACCCCGGACGACAUCCCUAUCAAGGCUAUGUUCUCUCGGCGUUUACUCGAGGUGGAUGUAGCAGUGUUUUGUUCGACUAUACGUGAGACUGCACGUAUACCCUCAUCAGCCGUCCGAUCCUUGCGUGAACAAGAGAUUCAGCAGGUGUGGAAGGACCUUCUGGAGAUAUGGGCCAUCAGCGUUCGCCGUGAACUCCGGAGAACGGAGUUUACAGAGCUUCCGUACGUCCUGGUGCAAGUUUGGCAGGCCCUUCUCCUAGUACAGACCCACUUGACACAAGGGCGAGCGCAUCUGACAUCCUCUCCCGACUCGACGAAUUUUGUCGUGUCGGUCGUUGCGGAUUUUCUUGACUGGAGUCCGCCUACCGACGUCAAGCGUCCGCCUUUGCCAGAAAACGUCGUCCAGCGUCGCGUACUAUGCCUCUGCAGCCAACUCUGGAACGUCAUGAAGAACGUCUUCUCGGACUCGUGGCUCUCAUCCGCCUCAGGAUCACUCCUCGGCAGUGUGGUCCGUCACACGUUCGACUUUUCACUGGAGGACGUGAAGACAGCGUGGAGCCAGCUGCGCUCUUUUCUCGUCUCGGCCAACGCCCCGGAUCUCAUCGGCCGUUUGGUGGCAGAGACCAAGAAGCAUCAGGCGGUCGACAUUCAGCGUGGACUAUGGCUACUGGCGGCGGACACAUGGAUCUCCAGGGACCCCGUGCCUAGCUGGACAAACUCUGUCGAGUUUCUCACAAUUCCCCUACGGCAUUGGACAAUGGACGAAGCAGACUUGUCCAUCUGGAAUGCAAUCUUGACACAUGCCGUUUCUCAGGCCCUUUCAGUAGCUGAACCGUGUCUCGCUGUUUUCGAUGCCAUUGUGGAACGAGGAUUCCAGGCCCCCAUAAGGCUUCUGAAUCAUCCCAAGAUGCUCCUGCAUCUUCUGUCGUCGUUCAAGUUGCUGGGCGAGGUCUGCGGGACGUCAAUUUUCUUGUGGGGUGUUGGUGCCGUUCUCCGCGAUCUCUAUACCGACUUGCCGGAGAACGUUUCAACGGCCGUCCAGGCCCUAGCUCAUAUCAGACGCAUCUUGGAAGGAUGUCCUACAAACGCUAUACUAGCUGUUCUUUCGUGCCUUGCCGACGGCUUGGCUGUCUGGAUCGGCGACGAGGCUGAAUUGCUUCUCGUACAGGAGCAUAACGAUGUUGUUAUUCCGCUAUAUUGCAAUGCGCUCGAUGCGCUUAAGAAGAUACCCAUUUCCGCUGAUACCCUGCAAGCACUUGCACCGUUCCUAUGUUCUGCCUUCGUUCGCAUACCUGAGCCUGGUCGCGGUCCGCUCGCGUUCUGCGAUUUCUGGAAGGAUGUUCAACCUUCGUUGGCUCAUCUCAAUGGGGCAUAUCCUGAGGAAAUCAAGUCCGCACUCAGAGCAUCGCACGAUGUUCUCGGAAUCGACGUUCCUGUGGAUAUUUCUUUGAGCACGGAGUCGCAUACGGAUGGACGCUCAUUGGCAUGGACGUCCCCUGUGAAGUCUCCUCGAACCACCGUGGAAGUAGGCUAUACCACUUCAGGGCGAAGAAGGCCAAGCACCUCGUCUCCUCUUCGGCAGAUGACCACGCCUGCAGACAACACACAUGUCUCCCCCUUUCUCACCAGCUCCGGGCCAAAGCGACAAGCUUCUUAUGGCCCCGCGGAGGCCGCAUCGCCUGCCACACCUCCCAGAGGAAGCAACCGUGACGCUAGCCGAAGCUCGGAUUUCGUGCCAAGCUCCCCGACGGAGGCUUUGCGCGCGCGACGGCUUGCUGCAGGCCCAUCGAGUCGUGUAACCCAUCAGAGACCGAAGGCACCUUCGGAUAGACCCGUCAAGCGCCGCAGGCUGUCGCCGCCGACAGAAUCACCAACCGUGCGACCUCCUGAAGCAUCCGCGGAGUCGUCAAAGCGCGGACCGUCCGCUGCGACUUCGGUAGCUUCGCGUCGCAGCAAGUGGCGCUUCGAUGGCGUAGAAGUCGAGAUGUUCAAGGGUCCCAAGCGGCGCACGUCCACUGCCGGCUCGUCCACGCCAAAGCCGUCAAAGGACACUGGAGCUCGAAUCCCUAGUCCCGAGGUGCCUUCGCCUGCGGAUGCAGCAAGAGCAGUAGCACGGUCUUCUGACGACUACGACGCCUGGGAAGUCCCUAUAUGCGCGGAUGACGAUAUGUACACCGUCCCCGACAGUCAACCAUCAGGCGACGAAGGCGAUGACGACUCAAUGCUCCCGAGUUUCAUGAAGGAACGUGAGGACCGGGACCAACAACGCCCGAACGACACAGAUGUGCUUGAUGAUCCUGCCGACGCAGACGACGUCCCCAUCCCUUCCAAAAAGAAACUUGGUGAACGGCCGCAGCACACAUCGCGCACGCAUACAGCACCUGCGAGCUUCCUGCGCGGAGGCUCCUCUACCACAGAACGUGGGCAUACCACAUCGGGGCCUCUACAGCGAGCCAACACCGCGUAUGCACAGCUGGAGGGACUGCAGAACGUGUACGAUAUGCUGGAGCAAGAAGGAUCUCAACUGGAUCCGGACCAGAUGGUCGCAGCGUCUGCGCUCACGCAUCGCAUUGGGACGCUAUUGUCCGAGAAGCUGUCCAAGAAGUUGUACGGCAAUGGCUCGGGUGGGCCGAGAAGGUGACGGCAGCAGGAUAGAAGAGCGUCACGACGGACAGCUUUGAUUCGACGACUAUGUUACUGCGGAUUAUAUUGUGUUCCCUUAUCUGUAUGGUGAUGCC